CGGGGCUUUCCGGUCGCUCAGCCAUGGGGCGGUGCAGCCAUCGCCUCCUCCUGCUCCUACCUCUGGUGCUGGGGCUGAGCGCGCACCCGGGCUGGGCAGGUACACCCCCUGUGGAUGUGCUCCAGGCCCUGAGGUUCCCCUCUGUCCCUGAUGGUGUCCGGAGGGCAAGAGGCAUCUGUCCAGCUGAUGUGGCCUACCGAGUGUCACGACCUGCCCAGCUCAGUGCACCCACCCGCCAGCUUUUCCCAGGAGGCUUUCCCAAAGAUUUCUCUCUGCUGACUGUAGUCCGGACCCGCCCUGGUCUCCAGGCUCCCCUUCUGACUCUCUACAGUGCCCAGGGCGUCCGGCAGCUGGGCCUGGAGCUUGGCCGACCUGUCCGCUUCCUGUAUGAGGACCAGACUGGACGGCCGCAACCUCCGGUUCAGCCGGUCUUCCGAGGCCUCAGCCUAGCAGAUGGCAAGUGGCACCGUGUGGCUGUGGCUGUGAAGGGCCAGUCUGUCACUCUCAUUGUUGACUGCAAGAAGCGAGUCACCCGGCCGCUACCCCGAAGUGCUGGCCCAGUGUUGGACACCCACGGAGUGAUAAUCUUUGGUGCCCGUAUCCUGGAUGAGGAAGUCUUUGAGGGUGAUGUCCAGGAACUUGUCAUUGUCCCCGGGGUCCAAGCUGCCUAUGAAUCCUGUGAACGGAAGGAGCUGGACUGUGAGAGGGGCCAGAGAGAGAGACCUCAGAACCAACAGUCCCACAGAGCCCAGAGAUCUCCAAAGCAGCAGCCAUUAACACUGCAUAAGCCACAAAACCAGGAACCCCAGCGACAGCCCACUGAGUCUCUCUACUAUGACUACGAGGCCCCCUAUUAUGAUGCGAUGACUACAGGGACGACCCCUGAUUAUCAGGACCCCACCCCCAGUGAAGAAGAAGAAAUCCCGGAGUCCAGCCCCUUGCCACCCCCUGAGGAGAAUCCUUUGGGCUGGAAGUUGUCACACCCUGGGGUCUGGGGAGAGCCUCCUCUCAGCCCUAACGCCCCCGUCUACCCCUUGUCCGUCCCGCCUGGGAAGGAGCAGACAGAUCUCCAGGUGCCCCCCACAGCCGACAGGGUCCGGGCAGAGGAAUAUGGGGAGGGUGGCACGGAGCCCCCAGCAGGGCCCUACGAUUACGCCUAUGGCUAUGCGGAAGAUUAUCGUGAAGAGCCGGAGCUUGGCCCUGCCCUCUCUGCGGAGACAGUCCACCUGGGAGCCGCUGCCCACGGACCCCGGGGGCUGAAGGGAGAGAAGGGGGAGCCCGCGGUGCUGGAACCUGGUAUGCUCGUGGAGGGGCCUCCUGGCCCAGAAGGCCCUGCGGGAUUGACUGGUCCCCCUGGCAUCCAAGGGAACCCAGGCCCAGUUGGAGACCCUGGCGAGAGGGGCCCCCCUGGCCGAGCAGGGCUCCCUGGAUCAGAUGGGGUGCCUGGCCCUCCUGGCACAUCCCUCAUGCUGCCAUUCCGGUUUGGCAGUAGUGGGGGUGACAAGGGCCCUGUGGUGGCAGCCCAGGAGGCUCAGGCCCAGGCCAUCCUGCAGCAGGCACGGCUGGCGCUCCGUGGCCCCCCUGGCCCCAUGGGAUACACAGGUCGCCCUGGACCCUUGGGGCAGCCUGGAAGCCCUGGCCUGAAAGGAGAAUCUGGAGACCUAGGACCUCAGGGCCCCAGAGGACCUCAGGGCCUUGCAGGCCCUCCUGGCAAGGCUGGGAGAAGGGGCCGGGCAGGUGCUGAUGGAGCCCGGGGGAUGCCUGGAGAACCUGGAGUGAAGGGUGACCGAGGUUUUGAUGGACUCCCGGGGCUGCCUGGGGAGAAGGGACACAGGGGUGAUGCUGGUGCCCAGGGCCUUCCGGGGUCCCCUGGUGAGGAUGGAGAGCGGGGAGACGGUGGGGAGAUUGGGCCUCGAGGGCUGCCUGGAGAGCCGGGACCCCGAGGUCUCCUUGGCCCCAAAGGCCCACCUGGUAUUCCUGGACCCCUGGGUGUCCGAGGCAUGGAUGGUCCCCAAGGCCCCAAAGGGAGCUUGGGACCCCAGGGAGAGCCAGGACCUCCUGGACAACAGGGCACCCCUGGGACCCAGGGUCUCCCUGGGCCCCAGGGUGCCAUCGGUCCUCAUGGAGAGAAGGGCCCUCGAGGGAAACCAGGGCUCCCUGGCAUGCCUGGCUCAGAUGGACCCCCGGGUCACCCCGGGAAGGAAGGUCCUCCUGGAACCAAAGGAAACCAGGGCCCGUCUGGACCUCAGGGUCCUCUAGGAUACCCGGGACCUCGAGGUGUCAAGGGUGUGGAUGGAAUUCGGGGUCUGAAGGGUCAUAAGGGUGAGAAGGGCGAGGAUGGCUUUCCUGGGUUCAAAGGUGACGUAGGCGUGAAAGGUGACAGGGGCGAGGUUGGAGUCCCUGGAUCCAGGGGCGAGGAUGGCCCCGAGGGGCCGAAGGGACGCACUGGACCCACGGGAGACCCUGGGCCCCCUGGGCUCAUGGGCGAGAAGGGCAAGCUGGGUGUUCCUGGUCUGCCUGGCUACCCCGGACGCCAGGGUCCUAAGGGGUCCCUGGGAUUUCCUGGCUUUCCCGGAGCAAGUGGAGAGAAGGGAGCCCGGGGCCUGUCGGGGAAAUCAGGGCCUCGGGGAGAACGGGGCCCCACGGGUCCACGGGGUCAGCGAGGGCCCCGAGGUGCCACGGGAAAGUCUGGAGCUAAGGGGACAUCUGGCGGUGAUGGCCCCCACGGGCCCCAGGGAGAGAGGGGUCUCCCCGGACCUCAGGGUCCCAAUGGAUUUCCUGGCCCCAAAGGACCCCCGGGUCCCCCCGGGAAGGACGGGCUGCCGGGACACCCGGGCCAGAGAGGAGAAGUGGGUUUCCAAGGGAAGACCGGCCCCCCAGGACCCCCAGGAGUGGUGGGACCUCAGGGAGCAGCAGGAGAAACUGGUCCCAUGGGGGAGAGAGGUCACCCAGGCCCCCCAGGUCCUCCUGGGGAGCAGGGACUGACUGGGACAGCUGGAAAAGAAGGAACAAAGGGUGACCCUGGUCCUCCUGGGGCCCCAGGGAAGGAUGGUCCUGCCGGUCUGAGGGGCUUCCCAGGGGAGAGAGGCCUGCCAGGCACCGCUGGUGGUCCCGGUUUGAAGGGGAAUGAAGGUCCGGCUGGCCCCCCUGGCCCUGCAGGCUCCCCUGGGGAGCGAGGUGCAGCAGGAUCGGGAGGACCCAUUGGCCCCCCAGGGCGCCCAGGCCCGCAGGGUCCCCCUGGAGCAGCAGGAGAGAAAGGCGUCCCUGGUGAGAAGGGCCCCAUGGGUCCGACUGGCCGCGAUGGCGUGCAGGGUCCUGUGGGGCUUCCUGGUCCUGCUGGGCCCCCGGGUGGGGCCGGAGAGGAUGGAGACAAGGGUGAGGUGGGAGACCCCGGACAGAAGGGCACCAAAGGGAACAAGGGUGAACAUGGUCCUCCUGGACCCCCUGGACCCAUUGGUCCUGUGGGGCAGCCUGGAGCCGCGGGAGCAGAUGGGGAACCUGGAGCUCGGGGACCCCAGGGACACUUUGGAGCCAAAGGUGAUGAAGGAACAAGAGGGUUCAAUGGACCCCCAGGACCCAUUGGCCUACAGGGUUUGCCAGGCCCCUCUGGGGAGAAGGGAGAAACAGGAGACGUGGGUCCUAUGGGACCACCUGGCCCCCCAGGACCUCGAGGCCCAGCUGGACCCAAUGGUGCUGAUGGCCCACAAGGUCCCCCAGGAGGUGUUGGGAGCCUGGGUCCCCCUGGAGAGAAGGGGGAGCCAGGGGAGUCAGGAUCUCCAGGGGUCCAGGGCGAGCCAGGUGUCAAAGGUCCUCGCGGGGAGCGUGGGGAGAAAGGAGAGUCGGGGCAGCCAGGAGAGGCUGGACCACCAGGGCCUAAAGGCCCGGUGGGCGAUGAUGGCCCCAAAGGGAACCCUGGUCCCGUCGGUUUUCCUGGUGACCCUGGCCCCCCUGGAGAAGGUGGCCCUCGGGGUCACGAUGGUGCUAAGGGUGACCGUGGAGAGGAUGGUGAGCCAGGACAGCCUGGAUCCCCUGGUCCUACUGGGGAGAAUGGACCCCCUGGGCCACUUGGAAAGCGAGGUCCUGCUGGCACACCUGGUCCGGAGGGGCGACAAGGCGAGAAGGGAGCCAAGGGGGAUCCUGGUGCUGUGGGUGCCCCGGGGAAGACGGGCCCCGUGGGUCCUGCAGGCCCAGCAGGCAAACCUGGCCCUGAUGGUCUGAGGGGGCUCCCGGGCUCAGUGGGUCAGCAAGGCCGUCCUGGAGCCACAGGCCAGGCCGGGCCCCCAGGUCCUGUGGGACCCCCAGGGCUUCCUGGCCUCCGGGGUGAUGCUGGAGCCAAGGGAGAGAAGGGUCACCCAGGCCUCAUUGGACUGAUUGGGCCCCCUGGGGAGCAGGGGGAGAAGGGAGAUCGGGGACUUCCUGGCCCUCAGGGCUCCCCUGGGCAGAAGGGGGAGACGGGCAUCCCAGGGGCAUCCGGCCCCAUUGGCCCUGGAGGGCCCCCCGGCCUCCCCGGACCUGCUGGCCCCAAAGGAGCCAAAGGAGCCACGGGCCCAGCUGGACCCAAGGGAGAGAAGGGUGUCCAGGGCCCUCCAGGACACCCGGGCCCCCCAGGCGAGGUGAUCCAGCCACUGCCCAUCCAGAUGCCCAAGAAGACUCGGCGCUCAGUGGACGGAAGUCGCUUGAUGCAGGAAGAUGAGGCCCUACCAACUGGAGGGGCCCCAGGCAGUCCUGGGGGGCUGGAGGAGAUCUUUGGCUCACUGGACUCCCUGCGGGAGGAGAUUGAGCAGAUGAGACGGCCAACGGGCACCCAGGACAGCCCCGCUCGCACCUGCCAGGACCUGAAGCUGUGCCACCCGGAGCUGCCUGAUGGAGAGUACUGGGUUGACCCCAACCAGGGCUGUGCUCGGGAUGCCUUCCGGGUUUUCUGCAACUUCACAGCAGGGGGGGAAACCUGUGUGACGCCCAGGGAUGAUGUCACACAGUUCUCUUACGUGGACUCAGAGGGCUCCCCGGUGGGUGUGGUCCAGCUCACCUUCCUGCGGCUGCUCAGCGUCUCAGCCCACCAGGACGUCUCCUACCCGUGCUCUGGAGCAGCCCGUGAUGGUCCCCUGAGACUCCGGGGGGCCAAUGAGGACCAGCUGAGCCCAGAGACCAGCCCCUACGUCAAGGAAUUCAGAGAUGGCUGCCAGACACGGCAAGGCCGGGCGGUGCUGGAGGUGCGGACGCCUGUGCUGGAGCAGCUGCCUGUGCGGGAUGCUUCCUUCUCAGACCUGCGGGCCCCCUCCAGGCGGGGAGGGGUGCUGCUGGGGCCUGUCUGCUUCAUGGGCUAGGACCUCCUCGUCUGAUCCUGUCCGGAACCAGGCCCACCUGGAAUCCUGCAGCAUCAGCUCCGUGCCGCCUCCCAAGAGGGCUCCUCACCAUCUAGGGAGCCUCGGGCCAGAGUGCGAGAGCCCCCAGUCAGGGGCAGGCCAGGGUAGGGGGAGUGGGUGCCAGGACACCCCAGGGGAGGGGUGGCAUCUGGGGCUCUUAGCCCUCCAGCCUGGGGCCUGUUAGAGCUGAGACCCUUAUUUAAAACUCACCUCCCAAUCACCCCAAAUAAGUGGAAAAGAAGAGAAAGGACACUGUGUAUUUUGUAUUUAAAAGUAAUUAUAUUAAUUAUUUAAAGAGUGGAAAACAAAAUGACAAGAAAGAUAAAGAGAGAAAUGCCAACACACAUCGGCACACGCUGGAGACAAGGGCUCUCCAGGGGCGGCCCGGGCACCCCCAUCCUUGCCUCAGGGCUUUCCUCCGUGACUGUGUGGGGGGUUUCCGGGCGAACCCCACCUCCCUCACAGCGCACCCGUAGCACCCACUGUGAACGUCGGAAUACACGGUCUCCUUUGCCUCGGGGCUCUGACUCUCUCUGGGGGGACUCUCACCCCUGCCUACCAGGUGUUGGCUCCCUGGCCAACGUAACUGCUGUCACUUGGUCUGGGGCUGGCAGGCACUGCCUGCUACUUGAGGACCAGGCCGCUCCCCCAGGGAAGAAAUGGAACAGUAUGGGGUGUGUGCAGGGCCUGUAUCCAGCAGAUUGUUGAAAUAUUAAAAUUCUUCCACAUUG